CUUGGAAGAGGCAGUCGGACGGGCGCGGAGACGCUUCUGGAAGGAAGGCCGCGAUGGCUGCGCAGGGAGAGCCCCAGGUCCAGUUCAAACUUGUAUUGGUUGGUGAUGGUGGUACUGGAAAAACGACCUUCGUGAAACGUCAUUUGACUGGUGAAUUUGAGAAGAAGUAUGUAGCCACCUUGGGUGUUGAGGUUCAUCCCCUAGUGUUCCACACCAACAGAGGACCUAUUAAAUUCAAUGUAUGGGACACAGCCGGCCAGGAGAAAUUCGGCGGACUGAGAGAUGGCUAUUAUAUCCAAGCCCAGUGUGCCAUCAUAAUGUUUGACGUAACAUCGAGAGUUACUUACAAGAAUGUCCCUAACUGGCAUAGAGAUCUGGUACGAGUGUGUGAAAAUAUCCCCAUUGUGUUGUGUGGCAACAAAGUGGAUAUUAAGGACAGGAAAGUGAAGGCGAAAUCCAUUGUCUUCCACCGAAAGAAGAAUCUUCAGUACUACAACAUUUCUGCCAAAAGUAACUACAACUUUGAAAAGCCCUUCCUCUGGCUUGCUAGGAAGCUCAUUGGAGACCCUAACUUGGAAUUUGUUGCCAUGCCUGCUCUUGCCCCACCGGAAGUUGUCAUGGACCCAGCUUUGGCAGCACAGUAUGAGCACGACUUAGAGGUUGCUCAGACAACUGCUCUCCCGGAUGAGGAUGAUGACCUGUGAGAAUGGAGCUGGAGCCCAGCCUCAGAAGUCUAGUUUUAUAGGCAGCUGUCCUGUGAUGUCAGCGGUGCAGCGUGUGUGCCACCUCAUUAUUAUCUAGCUAAGCGGAACAUGUGCUUCAUCUGUGGGAUGCUGAAGGAGAUGAGUGGGCUUCGGAGUGAAUGUGGCAGUUUAAAAAAUACCUUCAUUGUUUGGACCUGCAUAUUUAGCUGUUUUGGAACGCAGUUGAUUCCUUGAGUUUCAAAUAUAAGACUGCUACAGUCACAUCACAAUAUUCAGUGGUGAAAUCUUGUUUGUUACUGUCAUUCCCAUUCCUUUUCGUUUAGAAUCAGAAUAAAGUUGUAUUUCAAAUAUCAAA